AUGUUUUCUGUACGCAACCUUUUAAAAGUGCGAGCUUAUUCUACAUAUAUCUCUAAAGAUAACAGUUAUUCUAGUAAUGUCCAUAUUACUCCUUCUGUAGUCUAUGAAGAUGCUUAUUCUAUGAAAAAGGCAAUCUUAAAGGAAAACAAAGGUAAAGCAGGUAUUUACAUGUUAACUAAUAAACUCACAUGUGAUAUUUACGUAGGACAAUCUAUUGAUCUCCGUAAAAGAUUCAUGAAAUAUUUUAGCUUAAGCUAUAUAAAUAGCAGGAAAGAGCUUAUAAUAAGUAGAGCCUUAAUUAAAUAUGGGUAUUCCAAUUUUUCUGUAACUAUUUUAGAGUAUUGUAAUGAAUCUGAUUUAGAUGUCAAAGAACAAUACUACUUUGAUAAAUUAAAUCCUCAGUAUAAUAUUCAAAAAAUAGCGGGUGGUAGUUCUAAAGGCUUAAAAUUGUCUGAGGAAACUAAAUCCAAAAUCAGUAAAUCUCUAAAGGGAGUAUAUGCUGGAGAAAAGGCUUAUUGA